AAUAAUAAUUAUAAUAAUAAUAAUAAUAAUAAUAAUAAUAACAAUAAUGAUAACAAUAAUAACAAUAAUAAUAAUAUAAAUAAUAAUAAUAAUAAUAAUAAUAAUAAUAAUAAUAAUAAUAAUAAUAAUAAUAAUAAUAAUAAUAAUUGUAAUAAUAUUAAAAAUAAUAAUAAUAAUAAUAAUAAUAAUAAUAAUAAUAAUAAUAAAAAUAAUAAUAAUAAUAAUAAUAAUAAUAAUAAUAAUAAUAAUAAUAACAAUAAUAAUAAUAAUAAUAAUAAUAAUAAUAAUAAUAAUAAUAAUGAAAAAAAUAAUAUUAAUAGUAAUAAUAAUAAUAAUAAUAAUAAUAAUAAUAAUAAUAAUAAUAAUAAUAAUAAUAAAAAUAAUAAUAAUAAUAACAAUAAUAAUAAUAAUAAUAAUAAAAAUAAUGAUAAUAAAAAUAAUAAUAGUAAUAAUAAUAAUAAUAACAAUAAUAACAAUAAUAAUAAUAAUAAUAAUAAUAAUGAUAAUAAUAAUAAUAAAAAUAAUAAUAAUUAUAAUAAUAAUAAU